UAAGCCCUCCUGCGCUUGUUCCCGCUCCUGUUUCUCCUCCUGGCUGCUUCACUUAAUCUACGUGCCGUGUCAGGUUAUUAGUCGCCGACACCCGCUCGGGACACUUUGCGGAAUGGACUUGAUGAGUUUCUUAUAGCAAUAUCUCCCUGCCGUCCCGUCGGCUGGAACCAAUGAUCCUAUCUAAACAGCAUGGGGAAUACACCCUCCACCGAGGCUCCAAGAAAGGGCUUCAGGACUACCCAAAAGCUCUCGAAACCUCGUAUUGGUAACCCUGCAGCAGCUGGUCUGUUGAAUCAAACCGGUGUUUCUGAUAUAAUUCGGCGCCCUCCCUCUACUCCUGGGAGGCGCCUUUCCCUACCACAUAGCUCUACACCCGUCCCGUCUCCACGCAGCUUUGAGCCCGAGAACACUACAGUGGAUGAUUCGGUAGUGCCCCACGGUGACCCAGCGCUUGCUGAAGAUUUCUCUUCCCGACCAUUUCCUCAAUCCGACUCUCAGGGGGCUGUAUGCCAACGGGUGCCGAGUGCUGGGGCUGUGGCCAGCUCAAGCCGCGAUCGGGGAAUGAGUAGGACAAGUUCCGGUUAUAUGGGCACAGAUGAAAGCUAUGAACAAGCAAUGGACCUUGCAGGCAUACCAAGGACCACCCCCUCAUUAAACCAUGGUUUAUCUGCCUAUGAACCACAGCGGAUGUUAAAUCACGUCGAAGCGCCACCCUUCGAAGAUCAGUCGAUAAUCUCGGAGCCUCAAUUCCAAGGGGCUAUAUCCAGGCGACAGAGUUACACCACCCCCUAUCCUCCAACUCACGUGGAUGCCGCCAUGGCUCUUCCUCGAACCAGUUCAGAUGUUUCACUCUAUACACCAAUGCGCAGGAGGUCGUUCAUGACCCCAGGAGUGGCAACGCGACCUGCACCAGCAGACUCAACUCUACCCUUGAGCCUACAAAUUAGCUUCAAUCCACCGCUAACACCGUCUCGUUCUGAUCUUGCAGAACAUGUAGGAGCAGGAUUUCCCUCUCUUCCGCCUCCGUCGUUUGAUCCGAGCCUCAUACCUCGUGUGGAAACACCUUGUGAGACGGAAUACAAACAGACAGGCGCAUUCAAACAUGGCACGCUGAGAAUCACGAAUGGCAGUCCUGCGAGAACACCAGCCCGGGAGACUGCUGAUGACGGUUUACUUGGCAAUAAUUCGCCAGCCGCCAUAGGGCAUGGCAGUUAUUUUGACGCUAGAAGUGAGGUUGAAGACGGACAGAAUGAGAAAUCAGAUGCCGUAUUUUCUCUAACUUCAGCUAGCAAAUCCGUCAAUGUAACGCGUGAACGUGAAAGCGCUGUAGACUUUCUACCUAAACUCGAGCUCUCCCUGAGUUCACUUUCAAUAAGUGAAUUCCGCCUUGGAGUGCCAGAGCUGCAAACUACUAGUAGGCAAUCUGCUGUCGAGGACGAAUUAUUCGAAGAUACGGCACCAGAGUAUAGCGUUGAGAUUUUAAAUGUGCGCCUGGAUCAUGACGCCAAACAACCGCCACGUCCGCCAACUGGGUCCGAGGAUAAAACGCUGCAAGACAUCAGUCGAUCAGAUAGCGGUGUCGUGGCAAGUCCACUAUCCACCGCCCCUCACAAAACUCUGUCCAAGGCAGAUUCCGGGUAUAGCUCCAGUGUCUCUACUCACUCUUCAUCUUUGAAACGCGACGAGCCGCCAAGGACUAGUCAUUCCCACUAUGUCAAAGAAGUUCCAGUCCAAGCCCAAUCCUUCGACUCCGUAAGCCUGCCGCGUAACAUUUCAACAUCUAAUGGCUUGAAUACUGUUAACCCCCAUAAAGAGCAACCCCAGCCGUCUUCACCUGAUGGACCGCCACCUCGAGUCCCAGAGAAGGAUGCUUAUACAAGGGUAUCUAAGCAGAUUCCCGCCAGGAAACCUGUUCAACCCCCAACUACGAGCUCCGUAAAUCAUACACUUCUGCCGUCACACCAGUCAGCCCCAGGGGCAAACCCCAUGGCGACUUCAUCUCCGAGCACCAGCGGUGCACCACACUCGGGAAGACUUCAUCGUUUUUUGAGCGGUUCCCGUAAGCCGUUAGCAGUCCCAGCAGCACAAACUUCCGACAUGGACGUCAGGAUACCUCCCGUUCCUCGCGAUCUGCAGGUAAAAAUGCAUGAGCGCCCUGGAACGGUACUGAAUCCUCCAGAUAAUUCUACAUCCACAGCCGCCAACACAACGGUUCAGAAUCAAGACCAUCACUCUGACACACAAGCUUCUCAAACUGAUGGUUCCAGUGCCCAGAAAGGUCAAGACAAAAUGCGUAGUCGCAAAUCGAGCUUCCAUAUUCAUUCAAUAAGCUCCACAAUAUCCCGCGCUGCAUCAUCCGUCAUUGCUAAGAAUCCUAUUCUCAGGAAACCAUUACUUUCUAAGGCAAAACCAGAUGAUGAGGAUGCAGUCGCCAUGACACCAAGCGCUCCAGCUCCAACGCCAGGACAUGAUGAGACCUCGCAAUGGGAGCAGGGAAGGUUAAAAGACAUCAAUCCUAGCUCAUCAUCUUCCAGACGUGAGGCAGGGCGACGUGAUAUAUCAGCGACGGCGAACGGGCGAUCGUAUUCUCUAUCCGUCUCUGCAGGCAUCGAUUCAAGGCCUUACGAUCAUGCUCGCCACAGUAGUCUACCAAGUCAAAGUGAACAGCACGCAACCGCUUUUCGUCAGCCAUCAUUUACAGGACAGUAUCCAGUUUCUAGGACUCCGCCUGUGAGUUUAGCGAUGCGAAAUAUGGGCCAGCUCCGAGUUCCUCCACCAAUUCGACCGCGUUCCACUCCUGCUAAGCCAGUUGCGCCCACACUGUCUCACAAAUCUAGUCGAGGAGGCGUCCAAAGCUAUCCUCCUUACAACCAUCCGAUGAACACCAACCGCGCUAGUUCAUCCCGACGAUCAAGUCAAGAAAGUUUUUAUAAUUAUACCGCAACCCAGAUUCAAGGUCAAGGGCACCCGAAGCAACCUUCUCAAAUGCCUAGUACCAUGCAAUGGAGUGUUCCUGUGCAGCCAGGAGAAUACCAAUGGCCACUUAUUGCUACCCCAAAUUAUGGCGCGGCAACUUCCCAAGAGCCAUCCUUUGACCACAGCAGACACAGUUCAUUGACUAGUCAAACAAGCCACCGAAGCGCCUUUGGCAAUGGGCCUUCUUAUAUAUCCUACAACGCCCCCAGCCUCAAACAUCGGUCGAGUUAUGAAGGCUAUUCACUCCCAAUGAGGCAGACUUAUGGGUUAGAGAAUGGAUCGUAUCCGACACUAACUCAAAUGAAUGGACAACUGUAUACGGCCGGCCAUCCAAGCGGCCAGCCGAUCGUUUACCAGGCUGGACAGUUUCAACAGCAUCCUCGAUACAGUUCCCGUGGACAUCAUCGUCAUUAUAGCCUUGAUCAAUAUGGCCGUCCCGUCCAAUAUCGUGUGCUUCACAGUUACAACUCUCCGGCCUAUCGAGGCGUGCCGAUUUGGUCAGCCUGAAUGCGUCAUUCCGACGGGAAACUGGUUGGUUAUAAUCCACAGAAUUGCCUCUACCCAUAUCCAAUACUUUGGCUCUCCUUUGUGUCCUCUGUUAUUGACGAGACUCCUUUGUGUCAAAUCUCGUGUCCACGAUGUCCUCUAGCGUAUCUACGAAAA